AUGUUGUUCCAGCUCAGCGCUGUUACGGCUGUGGCCUUCGCCUCGGCCGCACUGGCUGCCCCUAAGAACCCCGGCCAAUGCACUAGCAGCACUUUGCCCACCCAGAUUCGUCUCGCCUACGCUGGUGACCACGGCAUGGCAGUCAGCUGGAACACCAAGCAGCAGCUCUCCAACCCGACAGUGUACUUCGGCAAGGACCAGCGCCUCAAUCGCGUCGCCCAGUCGGAUGUGUCGACCACUUAUCCCAGCUCAUCCACGUACAAUAACCAUGUCGUCCUCACCGGCCUUGAGCCCGAUACUGCGUACUUCUAUAAGCCCAACUGCGGCAAUGUGACCUACACCUUCACUACCGCACGCCGCCCUGGCCAGGAGACUGAGUUCAGCUUUGCCAUGGUUGGCGACAUGGGCACCUUUGGCCCUGAUGGUCUCAGUACUACUGUCGGGAAGGGUGCUGCCAACCCGCUUAAACCGGGUGAUUUGACGACCAUCCAGUCACUGGCCGCUCGCCAGAGCAGCUACGACUUCAUCUGGCACGUUGGUGAUCUUGCUUACGCCGACGCCUGGAUCAAGGAGGAGAAGAGCGGCUAUGUCUCCCCGUACAACCUCACCGAUAACGGUGCCGAGUACGACCGGAUCCUCAAUGACUUCUACAACGAGAUCGAGGAGCUCUCUAGUGCUAAGCCCUACAUGGUCGGGCCCGGCAACCACGAGGCCAACUGCGACAACGGCAGUGACCUAAGCGUCUGUGUGCCUGGCCAGCUCAACUUCACUGGCUACCGCCAACACUGGAACAUGCCCUCUACUGAAUCUGGUGGCCUCGAGAACUUCUGGUAUUCCUUCGACCACGGUAGUGUGCACUUUGUCAUGUUCAAUACUGAGACCGAUUUCCCCAACGCUCCGGAUGAGCCUGGUGGUGAGGGCGCCGAGAAUGCUGGCCCCUUUGCUCCGUCCGGAGCCCAGCUUGCUUGGCUGGAGAAGGAUCUCGCCGCUGUCGACCGCAAGAAGACACCCUGGGUUGUUGCAGCUGGCCACCGUCCCUGGUACGUUAGCACGACGGUUUGCACUGAGUGCCAGGCUGCCUUCGAACCCAUUCUGAUUGAGUAUGGCGUCGACCUCGUGCUCCACGGCCACAAACACUUCUACGAGCGCCACUCCGCCGUUGCCAAUAAUGUCACUCAGGAGAUCACCGAUAAUCCCACAGCUCCCUGGUACGUGGUCAACGGCGCCGGUGGACACUAUGAUGGUCUCGACACCCCCAGCACCCCUUAUGUCAGCACUUCUCGCGAUGUUAUCGUAGCAUACGGUUGGAGCUUGUUCACCGUCCACAACUGCUCCCACUUGACGACUCAGUUUAUUAGCAGCUCUAACAAUACUGUCCUUGACACUGCCACCCUAAUCAAAGACCAUUGCCAUGACGAUGAUAGCGUUGGUCGCAUAAAGAUGUCGACUUCCAGCGUUUCGCAGACCGCUGCUUCGGUAUUGCCAGAAAAUGACCAUGGAAGGACCAUCACUCGUACAGCUUCUUCCGAGACCAAAGUAAACACCAUACUUCCUGCGGAAAACGUCAGUGUGAAGAAUACCGCCAAAUCGAAGCGGGAUUACAAGGGGUUUGUUGCGGGUGUAUUUUCUGGGAUUGCGAAAUUGAGUGUUGGCCACCCAUUUGAUACUAUCAAAAUCAGAAUGCAGACCAGCGAACAUGGUCGUUUCAGAGGACCGUUGGAUUGUGUCAUGCAGACUAUACGCAAGGAAGGAUUCGGUGGGUUUUACAAAGGCGCAACACCUCCGCUGGUCGGAUGGAUGAUCAUGGAUUCUGUAAUGCUUGGUUCUCUUACCCUCUAUAAACGUCUAUUACUCGAAAACGUCUUUUCGAAUCCACAGCUGCGCAAUUCCAUUCCAUUUACCUCCUCACAACGGGAUUUACAUACUUUACCAAGUUUUGGACAUGGUAUUGCGGGUAUCAUGGCGGGAUGUACAGUCAGUUUUAUUGCUGCGCCGGUCGAGCAUGUCAAAGCCAGGUUGCAAAUUCAGUAUGCUGCCGACAAGAAGCAGCGAAUGUACAGUGGGCCGAUUGAUUGCUCAAAGAAGAUCCUACGGAGUCAUGGCAUUCCAGGACUCUUCCGUGGUCUUUACGCAACGCUCAUCUUCCGAUCAUUCUUCUUCUUCUGGUGGGGAUCCUAUGACAUCCUCACACGCAUGAUGCAAAAGAAGACCAAUCUCUCCGCCCCAGCCAUCAAUUUCUGGGCCGGCGGCAUAUCCGCGCAAAUCUUCUGGAUCACAUCUUACCCCUCAGAUGUCGUCAAGAACCGAUUGAUGACCGAUCCCUUGGGAGGCUCGCAUGGUGACGGUGAGAGGCGCUUUCCCCGAUGGAAAGAUGCUGCUGUUGCUGUGUAUCGCGAGCGCGGAUGGAGGGGAUAUUGGCGUGGAUUCCUGCCGUGCUUUUUGCGCGCGUUCCCGGCCAAUGCUAUGGCUCUCGUGGCGUUUGAAGUGCUCGCCGCCAUCCUAGCCAUCGGCUUCAUAUUUUUCCUCUUCGAUCCGACCUCAUCAUCAACGCCCAUAACCGCACAACAACGACAAGAAGAUGCAGCCUCACACCCGCUGUCCCCUCCCACGAAACCCUUCCCCAAAAAACACGCGCAAGGACGCAAUGGCCAACAAGCGCCGCCGCCAGUGGUGCACUACAAAAUGAACGAGCUUACCACAUCGGAUGCAUCGGCUGCAAAGGGCGAGCGAGUACUCAUCCUGACGCCAAUGAUGAACUUCUAUCAGCAGUACUGGGAUAAUCUAGUAAAGCUCCAAUACCCGCACGAACUCAUUUCGCUGGGAUUCAUACUCCCCAAAACCAAUGACGGCAAUGCCGCAACCCUUGCACUGCAAGAGGCAGUCUCAAAGACACAAUCGGGCCCUAUCGACGAUCGAUUUGCGAGCGUCACCAUUCUGAGACAGGAUUUCGAGCCGCCGUUGCAAUCGCAGGACGAGAAGGAACGACAUAAAAUGGAGAACCAAAAGAAGCGUCGCGAAGCGAUGAGCCGGGCGCGGAAUAGUCUGUUAUUUACUACAUUGGGACCAUCUACUUCGUGGGUUCUGUGGCUGGAUUCGGAUAUUGUCGAAACGCCGCCGACGUUGAUUGAGGAUUUGASGAGCCACAAUAAACCGGUCAUUGUGCCGAAUUGUUACCAGCGCUACUUCAAUUCGGAGAAGGGGGAGAUGGAUGUUCGGGCGUAUGAUUACAACUCCUGGAUCGACAGCGACAUGGCAUUGCAAAUGGCAGCAGAAAUGGGCCCGGACGACGUCCUCUUCGAGGGCUACGCUGAAAUCCCCACUUACCGAAGCUUGAUGGUCUGGAUGGUGUCGCAAGACCCGCAAGAUGCCGAUCCGCACAACGAAGUGGAAUUGGAUGGUGUUGGCGGGACGGCGUUGAUGGUCAAGGCUGAUGUGCAUCGUGAUGGCGCCAUGUUCCCUCCUUUCCCGUUUUAUCAUAUGCUUGAGACGGAAGGGUUUGCGAAGAUGGCGAAACGGUUGGGGUAUACGUGUUGGGGGUUACCUGAUUAUUUUGUGUACCAUUAUAACGAGUGA